AAAAAAAUUUUUUUAAUCAAAUAAAAAUACAACAAUAAUAAAUCUACCGCAAUAAUAUUUUUCACAGGUCUCGAAUGCAAUUUUUCUUAUAAAAUUCAAGACCACAAUUCGCAUUUAUACCUACUGGCCCGUUACGCCCGAUAUCUGCAAGCCAACAAGUGUCCACCUGGCGGUGAAAGACUGUACUAAGCAAACUUUUACACUGUCGGACAUUUUCACGAGAAAGAUGCGCAACAUGUCAAAAUGUCCCAUAAAGGCGUCCACAAUAAGCAUAGGAAGUUCGGUAACGGUUUACAUAGAGAAUGGCACGAGGAAGGCGAGUAUAUAUCGAGUUUCCAUAAAUAUCCCAGACAUUCGUAUAACAACGUUCUGGAUCCCAGUUAAGUGUUGACACGUCAAACAUGCAGGUUAGAGGUUACGAAGGUAAUCUUUUCAAUACGCUCGCCGAAGCCAUGAACUUUACACCGGUUAUUUUGACGCCGCCAAGUGCACUGUGGGGUGACGAAUUGCACAAUGGUUCUUGGACAGGUAUUCAUGGAAAUAUAAAAAACGGAAUAGCCGACGUCGGUUUCUGUCAGGUAUUGCCAAUGGCGAGCAGACUGCAUUUCGAAGAAUAUUCCGUGCCGAUAACGACAGACACCUACAUAUGGAUAUUACCGGAAGUCUCGCCAAUAAAUUGGAACAAACUUUUGGUACCGUUCAAAAUGAACGUUUGGAUUUGUCUCGGCGUCGCCACGUUAGCAGCUACCGUAUUCGUCUAUUGCAGCGCGAAAUACAGCAACGUGGAGCCGAAUCUUUUGUUUCUCUGGGCAUAUUUCUUCGGUCAGGAUAUCGGGAGGAAUUAUAAGAAGCACGGAAUGAUUAUUCCACGUGGAAUGUGGCUCCUGUUCGCCUUCUUCAUUAGUAAUGCUUAUCUGGCGAGUCUGACAAAUUCACUAACCUUCGUGAUACCGGCAGGUAAUGUGGAAACAGUCAAAGAACUUUUGGAGAAUGGCAUCCCCUUCGGGGGUGCUAGCACCCUCAGAGAUUUCUACAAGAACUUCGACGAUGCUGACGACUACGAGAUUUACAGGAAAUACGAAAACGUCCCAUUAUACAAACUAAUUCCACUUUUCUUUCGUAUCGUUAAUGGGAGUUUGAACUUUGCCACCCCGUUGUCAAAAAGGAGUACGAUUACUUACAAGAAAACGGGACAGUUUCACGUAAUGAACGAACGCGUUUUGUAUUAUCACAAUACGUUUGCGUUUCCAAGAGGAUCACCCUAUAUUGAUGAAUUCAAUUUGCAGAUAGAGAGAAUCAAGAGUGGUGGAUUUAUUGAAUUGUGGUUAAGCAGAAACACAACGGGACUUGUAUCGAACGCAACUUCAUCGCAACAGCCAUUAAGGUUGAUUCACAUGUCUAGUAUCUUUACCAUGUGGAGCAUAGGUCUGAUGCUGUCAAUUAUAACAUUCCUAUUAGAAAUUCUUUCUCACGAUGAUAAAUAGUACAUUUUUGUAUAUAUACAUUUUUUUUUUUCAAAAACCAAUUUUUUCCUCCAAUUUCAUUUAUUUAACUACAAUAUUAUCUG